UAGGGGUAGUAGCUAUAUACCCAGCGCCUCUCCACGUCACCUGCCUUUGGUGUGUCUGGGCCAUUACUAAUAGGGCCUUGUAAACAAUCGUUAAUCAUGUAAGUGCUGCCGGCCAUCGGCUUCGGACCGGCCCCGGCAGCGAGCAGCGCUCGGCGCCGAGGCAGAGCGGGGCCGCGGCCCCUCCGCCUGCCCCCUCCCCGCCCCGGGGGAGCCCGGCCCCGGGCCCCAGCAGCUCCGAGAGCCCCAGCAGCAUGCGGAGAGCCGCCGCCGGGGUCCCGCCAGCAUGUACGUGAGCUACCUCCUGGACAAGGACGGGCCCAUGUACCCCGGCCCCGUGCGCCACUCGGGGGGGCUCAACCUGGCGGCGCAGAACUUCGUGGGCGCCCCCCAGUACGCGGACUACGGGGGCUACCAUGUGAACCUCGACAGCUCCCAGUCCCCCGGCACGGCCUGGCCGGCUCCCUACGCCGCUCCUCUCCGCGACGACUGGGGAGCCUACGGGCAAGGGGCGCCGCCGGCCGCCGGAGCCGUCCACGGCCUCAACGGGGGCUCCCCGGCCGCAGCCAUGGCCUACAGCCCCGCCGAAUAUCACCACCACCACCCGCACGCCCACCACCACGCCGGCCCCUCGCCACACUGCUCCGCCGGGGUCAUGCAGCCCCUCAACGCCGCCGCCGCCGGGGCCGCCCCGGAGCCGCUGUCCCCCGGGGGGCAGCGCCGAGGGCUCUGCGAGUGGAUGAGGAAACCGGCGCAGCCCCCCCUCAGCAGCCAGGGGUGCUUUUGUUGUGGUUUGCAGAGAGUUUACCUGAACAAAGUCAGCCUGCCAGCCAUUAAGCACCUAGGGGGCAGAAACUCCCCGCGCCUCAGAUCUCUGGGGAAGGAGGAGAAGGGCCGGGGCUCCAACCAGCUCAACCAGAAACGAGCCCAAGAAAGGAGGUCACUCCAUGCAGCCAUGCAUAUACUCGCCGGCCACUCGCCGAAAUUCGCCUUCGGACUUGGUUUUGUUCAAUUUGGGGGGCUGCAACCGCACGGAGCCCACCCGGGGGCACCGCGGAGCCCCCUCGGGCCCUGCCCGACGCCGGCGGCGGGGCGAGGGGCGGUGGAGCCGGGCAGGAGCCCGGGGGACUGCUCUGGGCUGGGCUCCGAGCCGCCGGGCCCUCAGCAGGAUUUUCCUUUCUUUUCCCCUUUUCCUUUUUUUUUUACCCUUUAUCCACCCUUUUUCAAAUUUCUCCAAUUUUUCCUUUUUUUCCCAUAGUCUUUCUUUUCCCCCAUUUUUUUUCAAUUUUUCCCUCCUUCUUCCUUUUUUCCCCCCUUUUUUUCCUUUUUUUUUUCCCUCUCCUCCUAAGCCCGUCCCCAAUGGGGAACGCAAAGCAAACCCCAAGGCGGCCAAAAGCGCGCAAUAAAUUUGUCCCCA